GACAACAAAAAUUGCGAUGCGAUGAGUAAAUAAAAGAAGUGGGGUUAUGUAUUACGUGACAUUGGAAUUAGUAAUAGUGAUUAAACCACAACUUGUGAUGAUAUGAGAAAAAGUCGUCUGUUUUAAAGUCGUAAACAUGUCUCAGUUUCCACAAUUAAAAAAUGACCGAAUUCUAAAAGUGGCGAGGGGCGAAGUCCCAGAUAAGCUCCCGGUAUGGAUUAUGAGACAAGCCGGGCGUUAUUUACCAGAAUUUAUGAGUCUUCGCCAGAACCAUUCAUUUUUUGAAAUGUGCCAAAACCCAGAACUUGCAUGUGAAGUAACUUUAAUGCCCAUCAAGCGCUACAAUUUAGAUGCAGCGAUUAUCUUUAGCGACAUAUUAGUUAUACCACAAGCUUUGGGAAUGGUCGUUGAAAUGAAACCAGGAGUUGGACCGGUCUUGCCAGAACCUCUAACUUUUGAAAAUAUCUCAAAAUUGGAACCAAAGGGUGUUAUUGAAAGAUUAAAAUAUGUAGGAGAGGCAAUUACCUUAACACGCCAUAAACUAGAAGGAAAAGUUCCAUUGUUUGGUUUUACAGGCGCUCCAUGGACACUCCUGGGUUACAUGGUUGAAGGAGGGGGCUCUAGAACUUUGAGUAAAGCAAAAAAGUGGCUUUAUGCUUACCCAGAGGUCUGCCAUAGAUUAAUGUAUCUGCUAACACGAAUAAUAGUUGAUUACCUUGUUAUGCAAGUAGAAGCAGGGGCCCAAAUUUUGCAAGUUUUUGACAGCAGUGCAGAGGUUCUUAAUAAAGAACUUUACACCAAGUUCUGUCUACCAUAUAUCAAAGACAUUAGAGAUUGUGUGCUUGUAAAACUUGAACAGAAGAAUUUGGAAAAAGUGCCUAUGGUUUUGUUUGCAAAAGGUGCCCAUUAUUGUCUUCCAGAGCAAGCUGAUCUGGGUUAUGAAGUUCUUGGAAUUGAUUGGACAGUGGACCCCAAAGUUGUUAGAGAAUUACUAAAAGGUAAAAACGUCACAGUUCAGGGGAAUCUGGAUCCCUGCGCUCUCUAUGCUUCUGAAGAUAAUCUGAUAAAAUUCACUAAAAAAAUGAUUGAUGACUUUGGGACCCAAAGAUAUAUUGUUAAUUUGGGACAUGGGAUAUACCCAGAUGUCUGUCCUGACAAGGUUUACUCUUUCAUAGAAACUGUGCACAAUGUUAAAAUUUGACUUUAUAUUAAAGGGAAUCAGUUUUUGUAGAAAGAA